GCGCCGGCUCGGCUUUGGGGCAAGGCAGGGGUCGGAGCCCGCCGCAGACUUGCACCACAGCGGCCCAGAAAGGCUCGCUGUCCGUGUAUUCGGUCCUCCUUGGCGACUUGCUGCCCUUGCAGCCGCACCAUGGACGCCCCGAGCCAGGUUGUCAACUUUGGGCCCGGGCCCGCCAAGCUGCCGCGCUCGGUGUUGUUAGAGAUACAAAAAGAGUUAUUAGACUACAAAGGAGUUGGCAUUAGUGUUCUUGAAAUGAGUCACAGAUCCUCAGAUUUCGCCAAGAUUAUUAACAACGCAGAGAAUCUUGUGCGGGAAUUGUUAGCCGUUCCAGACAACUACAAGGUGAUUUUUGUGCAAGGAGGCGGGUGCGGCCAGUUCAGUGCGGUCCCCUUAAACCUGAUUGGCCUGAAAGCAGGCAGGUGUGCCGACUAUGUGGUGACAGGAGCUUGGUCAGCCAAGGCCGCAGAAGAAGCCAAGAAGUUUGGGACUGUGAAUAUCGUCCACCCUAAACUUGGGAGUUAUACGAAAAUUCCAGAUCCAAGCACCUGGAACCUCAACCCGGAUGCCUCCUACGUGUAUUAUUGUGCAAAUGAGACCGUGCACGGUGUGGAAUUUGACUUCAUACCUGAUGUCAAGGGAGCAGUACUGGUUUGUGACAUGUCCUCAAACUUCCUGUCCAAGCCAGUGGAUGUUUCCAAGUUUGGUGUGAUUUUUGCUGGUGCCCAGAAGAACGUUGGCUCUGCUGGGGUCACCGUGGUGAUCAUCCGCGAUGACCUGCUGGGGUUCGCCCUCAGAGAGUGCCCCUCGGUCGUGGAAUACAAGGUGCAGGCCGGAAACAGCUCCUUGUACAACACACCUCCGUGUUUCAGCAUCUAUGUCAUGGGCUUGGUCCUGGAGUGGAUUAAGAACAAUGGCGGUGCCACAGCCAUGGAGAAGCUUAGUUCCAUCAAAUCUCAGAUGAUUUAUGAGAUUAUUGAUAAUUCUCAAGGAUUCUACGUAUGUCCAGUGGAGCCCCAAAAUAGAAGCAAGAUGAAUAUUCCAUUCCGCAUUGGCAGUGCCAAAGGAGAUGAUGCUUUAGAAAAAAGAUUUCUUGAUAAAGCUCUUGAGCUAAGUAUGAUCUCCUUGAAAGGACACAGGUCUGUGGGAGGCAUCCGGGCCUCUCUGUAUAAUGCCGUCACAAUCGAAGAUGUUCAGAAGCUGGCCGCCUUCAUGAAAAAUUUUUUGGAGAUGCAUCAGCUAUGAAAACAUCCUAACCAGCAUAUACUCUGCCCUUGAACGACUGCAAAAUUUAAGGCAUCUUGGGAAUGGCUACCAACAGUUAACAAAUACGGUUAUUUUUCUCAAAUGAACAUGCUUAUUCUAGAUUCUUUUUUCAGAGAACAGCAGCAAAACAUCUACAGCUCUGCAAAACAAGGGAGACCUAAUAGCCAUCUUAAUUCUGACUUGAACUGGAAGCAUUUUUAAAAUUUUCCUGUUGCUUUUCUAAUGAAUUCCAGCUUAUUUUGUCUUUGCUAUUGCUUUUUCUAGCUAGAGCUCAGUAUUCAAAUGCACCUGUGGACUUAAUAAUGCAAAUUGCAAUUAAUUAUUUCGGGAACUGUGGGAACACACAGCAUGGAGGGUAGGUGAGGUUCUCUAGGUGCUGAAUCUAGACAGUGGGGCAGGAGGUGCUCCCGGAUUCGGCAGCUGUUGGUUAAGGUCAACGCUGAUCUUUUGGUGAGCAUUUAGGAGUAGCAGGUAAAAGGGCAGA